UUGACGGCUGAUCGGUAAAUUUGAAUUUUAAAUGUUGUGGAAACUGUUGUUGACUGUUUUGUAUUAAACGAAUAUUUUAUCCAACACUUUUAAAUUAGUGAAUUUUUACUUUUAUGAAAAUGAUGCCUUCAGUGUAUACAUUUCUGAAACGGAGUGAUAAUGAUAUUCUUCAAGAGCUUCUUAGAGUACUAGGAACAGGGCGAGGCUCUGUCAAAGAGAAAUGGAGUAUUGCUGCUGAGUGCCUGGUUGAAACAGGAUGUGAUGCAAUUUGGAAGCUUUCAAAAGAUUCCUGUAAAAAGUUUGAACUCAGAUUUCCAUGUGUUGCAUAUGUAACAAUUACCUCUGUAGUUUUUGAAGACUUGAGUGCUACACUCGAAGUAGCAAGUGUGCAGCAUGAGUCAAUGUCUUUGCCCGAAGUGGUGCCAGAUGUUCCGCUCAUAGAACUAUGGCCAACAAUAGAACAAAGAGAAGACUAUGUAAAUGCAGCUACUACAGCAUCAUUCAUUGAUGUUCUAAGAUUCUUCUACAACAACAUUUGGAUGCCAUGGGAUGACCAAGAUGGCACAAUAAUAACACCUAAAACUAUAGAAGAUCGAAUGGGAUUGUGGUUUGACCUACAUAGUGGUAUUAUAAAUAAUAGAGUUGCCAUAUCAAUUAAAUUACAAAGAACCAGUGCUAUUAAAGCUCAUGAAGAUUUAUUAGAACUUGAAUCAUUAUUCAGUGAAGAUACUGAUGAAAAUGAUUCAAUGCUACCAGCAGAUAAUAUGCUAUUUAGAUGUGCUGAGUUAAAUGCAAAACUGGAGUCAAUUAAAGCACAAUGGAGUAAUUUAUAUGAGAAUGCAACAGUACGAGAGCAAUAUUUAGCACAAGAGAGAAAUAAAUGGCAAAAGGAUAAAAAUAAAAUAAAUUGUAUAGCAAUAUGGCCAGGAGGGCAAAGUGAUGAAUUCUAUGAUAUAUCAAAUGUCCUUCAAUCUCACCUGACAAGUAGUCAUUCGCUGACCAUUACAACUUCUGCUGAGGAUGGGUUAUCCCGAGAUCCAGAUGAAGUAAUCAUUACUUGCCAAGAAUGUGAAAUACCUGAGAUACAGUUAUUAAAUAUAUCUAUAUGUAGUUGGAAAGGUGCAACUCUAAAAGCACCAGAGAUGCGGGCGUACCUCUUAAUGCUGGGAGAAAAAUGCAGACUAAAACAUCUGACUCUGGAGUGUGGGCAAGUGUCCACUGCAGUAGUGAUGAAAGCCGGGACAUUGGAAGUCACUGACUGUAAUAUUAUCAACAGCCAACGGAUGGAUUUGACGCAAGGAAUUGUCGCAAAAUCUGGGACGAAAGUAACUUUAAAUAAUUGUGUGCUUGAGAAUUUCUUCUCUGGAAUUGUUGUACACAGGAAUGCAGAGAUUGAACUUAACAACUGUAUUAUUCGCAAUUGUGGUGUUGGUAUUCAAAUGUACCCGGAGUGUCAAGUGAAGUUAAAAGACACAGUAAUAGAGAGUUGCAGAGAACAAUGCAUUCGUGGGGAGAGUUGCCCAAAAGAUAGAAAUAGUAUCAAAGGACUUCAUAUAGGAGAUAACUGUAAAAUAGGUUCAGGAGAUUUGAAGAAGGAAAUAUUAGUCGUAGAAGCACCUGAAAAUUAAUGCAAAAAUGAAAUGAAAGGCGGGGUACUUUUAUACAAUAUAAUUUAUAGAAUUGUGAGAUUGAAAUUGAUUACCGAAUUUUAAUUUAGUGUUUUAAAGGAACACCGGAGACGGGUUUACAUCUCUAAUCUUUUUUAUUGAGACAGCUAUAGUGUCAUAUGUAAAUAAUAUUUUGCAUGGACUCUUGAUGCGAUGAACGCAUAAAGUAAGCAAAACAUUUUAAACGAUAUUGCUCAAAAUUUAUCGCAAUUUUUAAUUCUUAUUCCAAAAUCUAAAUUAAGCACUAAAAAUAAUCUCUUCUCUACAUAGAGUUUCAAAUACACACUGUUCAAAUUGAUACACAAUACAUAUUUUAUAACCUAUUUUUGUAUAUGUUACAUAAUAACAAUGUAAAAAUGCCACUUUCUGUGCUUUCUUUCGUCUAAAACUCUUUGUUAAUAAUGUAGUUUUCUUACUUACUGAUAUUAAAAAAAAAUACAUAGUCGUUACCACCAAACUACUGAAAUUUUUUAAUCUUUUCAUUAAAAAUAUAUUAUUUAUAGCUUUGAAAACAUGCCUAAUAGAACAAUGUUUAUGAAGAUAUUGUAAGCUUUGUAGCUUUAUUAUUAAUUUUAAGUCGAGGAAAUGAUUUAUGUUUGUCUUAAUUUGAAGUCAUUAUGUUAUUUUUUUAGUUGAAAUAAUUUGUAUUGAGAUUUUAUUACUUUUUCGUAUUUUGUAGUUGAUAUUUAAUUAUUCAUCACAUGAAACUGAUCGACUACAACUAAUUUUAGUUCUAAUUAAAGACUCUUUUAUUAUAAUAAUUUUAUAUAGAAAUUUAAUUUGCAAAAUGAUUAUGUAUGUUAAUUAGCAAGUUCAGUGAUGUAUUAAUAAAGUUGUAU